CACCAUUUCAAAGCUUAGACAACAUCCCACAAGUGAAGAAGCACAAAGUCGGAUUUUAGAAGAAACACUUUGGAAAAACAUAAACAUAGAAGUGAAUAGACAGACAUCCUUUAUUUAAAUCCUGACUCUCUGCUCCUAAUUAUGUGGACGAGGUUUGCUGUGUUUGUCUUCUGGUUGGUUGUGGAUGUCCAUGCUCUGGACCGAGCCUCGUUCCGCAGGUCCAAUGAUCGCUACAGCCGCUGCCAGUACACCUUCACUGUGGACAGCCCAGUGGAAUCCAGCUGUCCCAGCACCAUGGAGGCAGAAAAUCUGAGCGCUCGCAUCACGCUCCUGGAGGCGGUGGUGAGCCGUGUGCUGGGGGCCGAGGCAGUCACGGAGGCAGUGAGGACGCCAGCAGAGACCGAGGAGAUGAGGCAGCUUCUACAGGAUAAAGAGCAGCUGGACGGGCAGGUGAAGGAGCUGCAGAGACGAGUGGAGGAGCUCACGAUGGAGACAGAAAAGCUCAGAGAGAAACCCUGUCCACUGGUCCCUGACUCUGAGGACAGCUUCGGCGUUAACAGAGGCAGUGGUCCUGCUGUGAGUGGUGCAUUUCAAGAGAUGAAGGCUGAGGUUUCUGAGGUUCCAGCUCCUCCUAAAGUCAAGGAGAACGUCCGAGACAAUGCAGACUGUGGGGAACUUGUUUCUGUUGGUGAGCCUGAGACCCAUCAAAAGGCGACCAGCAUCACAGGGAAGUACGGGAUGUGGUUCCAGGACCCCGAGUCUCCGGGAGCUCCGUACGGGCCGGACACGGUGUGGCGCAUUGACACUGUGAGCAGCGACGUACGAGAACUGUACGCCUACGAAAACCUGGAGCAGCUCGCUCGUGGCUAUCCCAUGAAGGUCCUGCUUCUACCGGAGUCCAUGGAGAGUACAGGGGGCACAGUGUACCAGGGUUCACUUUACUACCAGCGCAAACAGAGCCCCAUGCUGCUGCGUUAUGACCUCACCGCUGAGGACAUAGUGGCCCGAAGAGAGCUGCCACACCCUGGAUUCCACGGCCAGUACCCUUACUCCUGGGGUGGCUACACUGACAUCGACUUGGCUGUGGACGAGAAGGGACUGUGGGCCAUCUACAGCACGGAAAACACUCGCGGAGCCAUCAUCAUCUCGCAGCUGGAUCCCAAGAACCUGAAAGUGACCAGGAGCUGGGAGACCAACAUCCAGAAGAACAAAGUGGCGAACGCCUUCAUGAUCUGUGGCAGGCUGUACACGGUGGCGAGCUACAGAGCUAACACCACCACCAUCAACUUAAGCUUUGACACAGCUAGCGGGCAGAGCAAAAUGGUGGACGUGCCCUUCCGCAACCGUUAUGGCUACAACAGCAUGAUCGACUACAACGCGGCGAGAAGGAAGCUAUACUCCUGGGACAACUUCCACAUGGUCACCUAUGACGUGAAACUCGCGAGGGCCAGCAGCUCACAGUGACAGAGACUGAUUCUAGAUACAAGAAGCAGUGAUACAUGUUUAUAACCCCUGAUCUUUAAAGUUUUAGACUUCAGCAGGGAAAAUAUCCAAACUUUUGUAACAGUUUGUAACUUACCGCCAUCUUCUGGCUAUAAGAUCAACUGCAAACACAGUGAUAACAUGGAGUGUGUCCCAAAACUCGAAUUGAUGCCUCCUUGAUUCCUCCAUCUUAAAUGUGUUUAGAAUCAGUGAAUAAAUACAGAGGUGGCUUUUGGAUAAAGGACACACAGGUGCUUCCUACAUGGAAGUAUGCUUUGUUGUAGCAUGUGACGUUAGCACACGGUGUAAAUGCUGCAAAUCUCCCAAAAAAAGAAAUGACAGUAAAUGGUACAAUAAUAAAAAUCACAAACACAAACUGAAUCAUAAUAAAUAAAUAAACAUUUUAAUUUGCAUGGAAGUCAAUUAACAUGUCUUGCUUUAAAAAAUGGAGAAAUUAAAUGAUGAGGAGAAUCAAAACCAACAUUUAAGCAUGUGAUGUACAUGCGCACUAAGAAUAAUUUAUGCUAAUUAAUUAUGAUAAUUAUGAUUAUAAUUAUGAUAAUAAUUUCAUUUAAACGCUGAUAUAUAGUUAAUCUGUAUAUCAGUUAUACAGUGGAUUCAGCUGGGAAACAUCGAUAAUCAUCAAUAAGUAAAUUCACUAAAGUCACGUUAAAGUGAUGCUUCAGUGAAAUAAUUUUGUUCCUCAUGUCCUCACUUCCUUUCCCUGUGUCGGUUCUCCAUGUUCUCGGAUGGAGGAGCUGAGAAGGAAGGAAGCGAAGCAAAGAGGUACAGUUAAAGAAGUGAAAAGUCUUUACCUUCCUACCUUCUCCUUUAAUAACCACUUAUGCCUUGUGCCUUGUCUCUUAGGGAAGAAGGGGCGAUCCAGCUGGGGGCGGAGCUAAUUUCUGGGCCAUAAAAUUAUUAAUAGCAGCCUUUAAAAAGAAAAUUGAAAAAAAAAUUGAAAAAAAAUUUUGAAAAACAAUAUUGCUAUUCUAUAUUUUUUGUCUAAGGUAUCCUUAAAAAUGAUGUGAUUGUUAUAGGUCUAGAAAUGCAUUUAAGUAUUAAAAGAACUGCACCUUUAAAAAUGUAUGAGGCUGAAUAUUAUUUCAGGACAGUGUAUACCCUAAAGUAAAUUAAUAAAUUAAUUAAAUUGCUAUAAAAUUGCUAUAAAAAAUGAACUUAUAAAGAUCACUGGGGGAUGAAAAAAAAUUCUAUAGUCCUUUUGUUACUAGGAUAUAUUCUUACCCUGUAUGAGUAAAAACACUUGUUUUACAGAAAAUUAUACAUUCCACAAAUAUCAAACUUUUUAUAAAUAUUUGAAUAUAUAAAACAAUUUUUCUACUUGAUUACAGACUGUUUAAACGUUUAAAUUUUAGAGUAUAAACCCGACAACAAUAUAUUCUGUAAAAAUGAAACUCUUUGUAAAUAUAUUAAUAUAUAUUCUUUUAUAAUUUUUUUUUAAUACUCGGGUACACACUAUUAUUUUGUUACACUCACCUGCCUGUUACUUUGUUGCCUAAUGACAACUGCAAAAUAAAAAUCUCAAUUUUUUAGCAAUGUUUUUCUGUGUUAGUGCAGUUUGAAUGCCACCUACUGUAAAGAAAUAUAAAUGUACAGAGCCUCACAUCAGUGUGAAAUACAAAGGUAAGCAUGUACAGCUGAUAUAUUCAUCACCAAUGAUGAAACAAGAGGCUGGUUUAACUCAUAUAUUAAUAUUUUAAACAUGAAACACAGACUGAAAACUAAUUCAAUUCCACGACUGAGGUGCUCUUUAUGUUCCGCUGACAUUAUAUUUACAAAUCUGUAUAUAAAAGUAAAACACAUUUUAAACAUUUUAAACCUCAAGUCUCCUUCACUACAACCUAUCUUCCAUGUUCCAGAUAAAUCACUUUAAACAUUAAUAAUAAUCUACAACACCUACAGCACUUCCACAGAAAUUAGCAUGUUUGCCCACUAGAACUACACUUUAGCUUGAAAUAUAAUCAUUAAAAUACUUUAAAAUCUGAUAUUUUAGCAUUAAUGUGUGAAUCGAUAUGCCUGAAACAUCCUUUACCACACUUUAUCCAUUAUAGGUUAUGAAAAAUGUACAUUCACCCUUAUGAAAU